UGGUCUGUCUGUCUGUACACGUACGUCACCCCUAUUUAUGCGUAAUACGGUAGAUGCUAUGCAUUGAAAAGGGUAUAUAAAUUCAGUUUUCAAUAUUUCAUUAAAAAUGGGAGUGGCCACAAUGAAAUAAAAUGGCGACCAACACACGGGGAAAAGUCAUGAGUUUUCUAGGCUCUAGCAGCAAAAUAUGACAGAAAUUCUGUCCAAAGGCUUCUCCAACAGCCAGGAAAGAUAUUGAGGGUAAUGGAUAUCCUGUUUUAUAAUGCAGUAAUUAAGCCCUAGGCCAAGUAAUUAGGGAAGAAGACUCAUCAUCCACUCGUUUUCAGUCUCAAGUAGAAAGGCAUGGCUAGCUAUAAGCUUUUCUAUUUCCCAAUAAGAGGAGCAGGAGAGCCAGUGAGACUCUUACUCGCACACAAAGAGAUCAAGUAUGAAGACAUCCGCAUAGCAAGAGAAGACUGGCCAAAGGAGAAGCCUAACAUGCCAUUUGGAGUCAUACCCGUCCUGGAAGAAGAUGGAAAGAAGCUUGGAGGCAGUACUGUCAUCCUCCGAUAUUUGGGAGAGAAGCAUGGCUUGGCUGGGUCCAAUGCAUGGGACAACGCCCAUCUAGCCAACAUAUCUGACUUUAUAAAGGAUUUUACCAAUGAGCUGGUCAAAGUUCGCUACGAGAAAGAUGAGACAAGAAAGCAAGAGCUCCAGAAGCGUCUCGCUGAAGAAGUCUUUCCAAAAUAUCUUGGAAAGCUGAAUGAAUUGACAGCCGCCACUGGGUAUCUUUGUUGUGGUCGUCUGACAUGGCCUGAUCUCCAGCUCUACAAUAUUCUGGAUUAUAUCUUAAAGGGACAUCCAGAAGUGCUUUCAAACUUCUCUGGACUCACUAGUCUGAGGAAGAACAUUGAAGCUGAUGCCAACAUGAGCAAGUGGAUAAAGGAACGACCAGAGACUGAGAAUUGAUUUUGCACAUUUUGCUGCUAAAAACAAACUAAGACUAUUGUGAUUAGUAACUAUUGAUUCCUAUUCCCUGAGUACACCUUUUUUCAUUUUUCUUUUAAACAAAAUUAUUAUUAAUAGCAGCAAAAAAUAUGAUUUUAA